GCAUAUUUUCACUUCAAAAGUUACACACUAAUUUUAAAAAUAUUUGUUGUGUUAUUUAAAAAACCUUUGAGACACAAAUAUUUUUUAAAAUUCUAAUCGGAAGAAAGUACUGAGAUUUACGCGUGGCCUACUUUUCGAACGCAUUACGUCCUCCAUUCAGUCACAGUUUCGUAAAAUGUAGCCGUGAAUUUAUUAUUGUUUUUAUUCUAAAAGUGCGUAAUUUGUGCUUUCGAGUUAUAUUUUACAUUCAUCUGGACGAUUAAUAAUAAUCUGCAACCAUGUCGACUUUUAUGAGUUCACGGAAGGAAAUAUUGAUUACUGGAAAAUAUAAGGUGUUGAAAAAAAUUGGCGGAGGAUCGUUUGGUGAUAUUUAUUUAGCGAUCAACAUCGCGAGUGGCGAGGAGGUAGCAGUGAAGGUAGAAUCUAUAAAAGCGCGACACCCCCAACUUCUCUAUGAGAGCAGAGUGUAUAAGAUGCUCCAAGGGGGCAUCGGCAUACCACACAUAAGAUGGUACGGCUACGAAAAGGACCACAACAUCCUGGUGAUGGACCUCCUUGGUCCAUCACUGGAGGACCUCUUCAACUUCUGCUCGCGCCAGUUCACCAUCAAGACUGUUCUUAUGCUGGCAGAUCAAAUGCUCGGGCGCGUGGAGUUCAUCCACUGCAAGUGCUUCAUCCACCGUGACAUCAAGCCGGAUAACUUCCUGAUGGGCAUCGGCCGCCAUUGCAACAAGCUCUAUAUGAUCGACUUCGGUCUCGCCAAGAAGUUCCGGGACCUCCGCACGCGUGCCCACAUCUCAUAUCGCGAGGAUAAGAAUCUUACUGGCACGGCUCGGUACGCAUCGAUAAACGCCCACCUCGGAAUCGAACAGUCGCGGCGGGACGACAUGGAGUCUCUUGGAUACGUGCUCAUGUAUUUCAACAGAGGCUCGCUGCCGUGGCAAGGCCUGAAGGCGAUCACCAAAAAGCAGAAGUACGAGCGGAUCAGCGAGAAAAAGAUGUCUACGCCCGUUGAGGUGCUCUGUAAGGGAUUCCCGGCCGAGUUUGCGAUGUAUUUAAAUUACUGCCGUGGACUGACCUUCGACGAGGCUCCUGAUUACAUGUAUCUAAGACAGCUGUUCCGCAUCCUAUUCCGCACGAUGAACUACCAGUACGACUACACGUUCGACUGGACGAUCCUGCGCCAGCGCAAGCAGCACAUGGAGGCCGGCGCCGCGCCCGCCGACCGCCGCUCGCCCUCCGUGCAGCGCCGCGCCCAGCAGCAGCCCUCGCAGCCGCCGCCCAACAACGAGGUCAAAUCCGUGCACGUAACGAACGACUCAGCGGCCAAUAACAAACAGCCGGUCAAAGGCCACCAGUCCGUCAGUCAGCUCAAGAAGAAACUCACAGCGAUAUCAUAAACAUACAGUCUCCCAAACACCUCCCAUGUCACCUGAAUAUGCACCAUGUUCAUAGAAAAUGAGUGGUAACGCCUGUACAUAACAUACCAUCCUCCCAUAAAAUACUCCCCUCAAUGGUGUUUUUAAAAACUUUUUAUAUGGACUUCAUAAUGUCUCGUUUAGUUUGUCGAAGGCACGAUUUCAAAUUGUACCAUAUCGUAGUUUUGUACUGUAUAAUAUGUCUCUAGUAUGAAAUCAAUGUAUUGUGUUUAUAAACAUCGUAUCGAGCGGUAUUUGUGGUAUUGUUUACAAUUGAUAAGUUGAACUUUAAGUAACAAAUUGCGAGGUACGCGUGACCGAGUGUGACUCAUGCCACGGUCACGCACAUCUACUCGUUCAUUGUCAAGAAAUAUACUCACAAAAAUAAAAAGUUUAUAUUUUUUUAACAUAAAGUCGUCAAAAACAUGACACAAAAUAAAAUAACGUAAAAUGUGAUACGAAAAUUCGAGUUUUUCUUUAUAAUUCAAUCGAUUGACAA